CAAAAAAAAAAGUGCUGUGUUAUAAUCUCACCCAUUCAUUUCCUAUGGUUGGUCAAAUUUGACCGCGAACAUCACAAGUGUCGCUUUUUGUGUCACACGGCCUGCCUAAAAUCAUCGAAUCUAGUCCAGUUUUUGUGUGUGUUUAGAUGGAAAAUGUAGGAAAAAUAACCAAGUUCUUCAUGGAACAUCAGAACAAACUUAUAUUGCUAAUUGUAUGUAAACACGCUGUAACUGAUGAUUGAUCUGGAUGGUUCUGCAGGUCCAUCCACAUGCGUAUGAGAAGGACGUGGAGGUAAAGGAAUCCCGCUUAUCGCUUCACGCCACCCCGCGCCGCGUUCGCCAGCUGCAAAAACAACCCUGAGAACGAGGGAUUCUGUCUCUCGCCAAAGCAAUGUCUGGACGACGGCGUUCUGGACGUGUCUCCGUGUCGCAAAGGUGCUCCUGUAAUCGUGUCAUUUCCUCACUUUCAUCUUGGCGAUAAGAAGUAUGCCGAUGCCAUUGAUGGUAUUUCCCCAGUUUACUCUCGUCAUCAGACCUUUCUGGACCUCAACCCGACAAUGGGAAUGCCUGUCCGUGCGAUGAAACGAGCUCAGAUCAACAUUCGUCUAGAGAGAAUAUCCGGCUUCACUUUGACCAGGAAUCUCAACAACAUCAUCUUCCCCAUCUUAUUUCUGAACGAGUCGGUCGUGAUUGACGACGUUUCCGCCGGCAGAAUUCAGAACCUUCUGCUGAUCGUAACACUGGUCUCUCAUUUCCCGCUGAUCCUCGUCUCUCUGGGUGUCAUUCUGCUCUUCGUCACCAUCAUCCUCAUCGUACGAUAUUGCCAAAACAAGCCGUCUGUGGAGAAAGACACAUCGUACACUCCCGUGAGCGCCAAAUCUGAUGAGCCAGAUGAGAAAAAUGGAACGUGCAUCGGUCUGACGCCUGUGGGUUUACAGAAGUCCUGACCUGCUGCGUGUGUGAUGUCACAAUGCUGUCUAACGGGGACUGAUGCUAGUGUUUAGAGUAGUGUGUCAGUAAACGUUCCAUAUUUGAGAACGCUGCCUCUCAAACUCAGGACAAGAGCAGAACCGAACAGCAAAAACAGGCUGUUAUCAUAUCACAAAACAUUAUUGAACUAUUCCAGAGAAUAUAUUUCCUCCAUAGGGGGCGCCAUCAUUUUAUCACAGAUGCAAGUGUGUGUCCAUUCUUUGUGUUCCACUGAAGAAACAACAACACACAGGAUUGGGAAGACAUGCGGUCGAGCUAAUAAUGUGUUGUUGUUGUUGUUGUUGUUGUUGUUGUUGUUGUUGGGUGAAGGAUUGUUUAAAUGACUGAAGAGAUGUAUGCUGGAUGUGCUUGGAGAAAUAUGUCAUUAUGGAACUACAGUUGUGCUCAAAAGUUUGCAUCCCCUAGCAGAAAAUGUGAAAUUUUGGCAUUGUUUUGGAAAAUGUGACUCAUGCACAAAAAAACUUUUAUUUAAGGAUAGGGAUCAGAUGAAGACAUUUAUGAUCACAUAGUUGUUUGGCUCCUUUUUAAAUCAUAAUCAGUGCCGGACUGGGAAGAGAAAUUGUCCCGGGAUUUUUGAGGCAAAAGUUGUUGGGGGGUGGUUGUGGUGUGGGUUAGUUGAGCCAAAAGGUAUUGAAGGGGGGUUUGGGGUGU